AUGCUUACAUUUAUUAAUAAUACCAUUAUCACUAAUACAAUUGAAAAUGAUGAUGAUUUAACUUUUGAUCAAAGUGAUAUUGACAAAUUAUGGGUUAAAAUUAAUCGUUCAAAUGAUAAAUCAUUUUCAUCUUAUAUUACAAUAUUUAAUAUUUUAUUUUCUUGUAUGGGUACAUUAAGUAAUUUAAUGAGUCUUAUUGUUUUAUUAAAAUUAAGUUUUAAUUUAUCAACAUUUAUCUAUUUAACUGGAUUAACUCUUAGCGAUAUGAUAACAUGUUCUUCUAUACUAAUGACACAAUUAGAACAUAUGCCUACUUCAAUAUUUUUAAAACCAUUACUAGUAAAAUAUAUUGAACUCUUUUUUGGUGCAUUAGCUGCUGGUUCACGUGUUCUAUCAUUAUGGAUAUCUACUGCUGUAACAUGUGAUCGAUGGAUAUUAAUUUGUCAUCCUGCUAUGGGUAGACGAUUGUGUACUGUUCCACGUGCACGUUUAAUAUUAAAAAUAUUAUUUUUUAUUGCAUUUAUCUACAUUAUUCCUCUAAUAUUUGAAUAUAAAAUUCAUUAUGUUACUGUUAAUUUCAAUUUUACUCAUCAACAACGUAAUACCUCUAAUCAUAAAGGAAAUAUAAUGAUCACUAAAAAAUUUACUGAAUUAGGUACAACAAAAGCUUUUCGAUGGACAUAUAUGUUUUUUAAUGUUGUUUUUGUUUAUACCGUUCUAACUGUAACCAAUAUUACAUUUAAUUUACAAUUAAUAUGUGUAUUACGUAAAAUAAAACAACGAGCAAAAAAAUUAGGAAAAAUAAAACACCAAUCAUCUUAUCAUGUCACAAUUAUGGUUAUUGUAAUGGUAUUAAUAUUACUCUUUUGUCGAAUACCAACAAUUGUUUUGUGGGGAUUAUGGUCAUUUGAGUCAAGUAUUACAUUAUUUUUCGAUAAAAAUUCACAAUCAUUUGCUCGAUCAUUUCAUGAAUUAGUCAAUUUAAUUGCUUUAAUAAAUGCGGCAACAAAUUUUAUACCAUUCUGUAUAUUUGGUACAUUAUUUCGUAAAAAAUGUAUUAGUUUCUAUUGUUGUUGGUUUCGUCGUUUUAAAGAUAAAGAUGAGAGACAAUCACAACAAGGACGAAAAAAAACUUUAAUUCGACUAUUAGCGCCAAAUAAAAAUCAAAGUGAAAUUCAAAUGCAUUCAACAAUAACAAGCAAUAAUCGAAUAACACAAACUUCAACAAAAUUUAUUACACGAGAAGACGAUCAUAAUCUGGAUUCACCAUUAUUGAGGUGA